GAUUAUGCCGGUGGUGAAGAGAGUGUGAGAAGACAAACGUUGUUGUUUUCUUUACCUUUUCUUCCUGCUCCAAAAAAAUUCACACUCAAGUUUGGAACUUUAAGGUUGAAUUCAAUCACACAAAUCCUCAUGUCCUAUCAUGACAUGUACCCAUUUGAUCAUAUGGAGGAAGAUGAUUUCUUUGACGAUGUAGAUGAACAAGAAGAAUUUGAUGGUGCUGCUGAAGAUGUUCCUCUUGAUGAAUAUGAGAUGCUUACUAAGGUGACUGAUACAUCAGCUGCACACGCAAGGAAGGGAAAGGACAUUCAAGGAAUUCCAUGGGAGAUGUUGAAUAUCACAAGAGAAAGUUACAGAUUGACAAGGCUUGAACAGUAUAGGAAUUUUGAGAACAUUCUGACAUCUGGGGAGACUGCUGACAAGGAUUGCAAACAAGUGCAGAAGGGUGAUAAAUACUAUGAAUUCUUCUAUAAUACAAGGACUGUUAAGCCUACCAUCCUUCAUUUUCAGCUAAGGAACUUGGUAUGGGCUACUUCAAAACAUGAUGUAUAUCUUGUCUCGAACUACUCAAUUAAGCACUGGUCAUCAUUAAGUGGCAACUUGUCCGAGAUAAUAAAUUUUCUUGGGCAUGUAGCUCCUACUGAGAGAUGUGCUGGAAAUCAGAUGGAAGGAUUUUCGCAGACGCAGAUUAGCACAUUGGCUGUCAAGGAUAAUUUUCUUGUUGCUGGUGGUUUCCAAGGAGAGCUUACUUGUAAGCGUUUGGAUAAGAAAGGAGUAAGCUUCUGUACGCGGACCACACAUGAUGAUAAUGCUAUAACAAAUGCAGUUGAAAUAUAUGAAAGCUUGAGUGGUGCUACUCAUUUUAUAGCUGCCAAUAACGAUUCGGGCGUUCGAGAAUAUGACAUUGAAAAGUUCCAGCUUUUGAAUCAACUACACUUCCCUUGGCCCGUGAAUCACACAUCGAUCAGUCCUGACCGCAAACUAAUGACUGUCGUUGGAGAUAACUUAGAGGGACUGCUGGUGGAUCCUCAAAACGGGAAGACUGUCGCCACUUUGAGUGGUCAUCAAGACUACUCAUUUGCAUCUGCAUGGCAUCCCAAUGGACUAGCAUUCGCUACCGGGAAUCAAGACAAGACAUGCAGAGUAUGGGACGCCAGAAACGUGUCAUCUCCGAUUGCUAUUCUCAAGAACAAUCUCGGGGCGAGCCGGUCAAUUAGGUUUUCUUCAGACGGUCAAUUUAUGGUCGUUGCUGAACCUGCCGACUUUGUGCAUGUUUAUAGUACAACAGCAAAUUAUGAAAAGAGUCAAGAAAUCGAUUUCUUUGGCGAAAUUUCUGGCGUUUCAGUAAGUCCUGACGACGAGUGUAUGUAUAUUGGAAUAUGGGACAGGACUUAUGCUAGCUUACUACAGUAUAAUAGGAGGCACUCAUAUCAUUAUCUAGAUUCCUACUUUUGAUUUUUGAAUUUUUUUUGUUCUUACUUUUGGAUUGAUGUGAAUUUUAUAGAGCAUUGUGGGAUUCUAGAUACUUAGACUUACUUGACCCUUUGCUUUUGUUAGUAUUUUUUGUGUAGGUCAUAAAUCAGGCCUCAUUUUCCUUGUAUUUCUAAACUUUUGAUGUAAAUGGCACCAUAAAAAUUGGAAAUUGAUUGGUUUUAUCCUUUUAUUGACA